UCUUGCCUUACCGCUGGGCGUGGAAAGAUGAAAGAUAUCCUGACCGAAGGAAAGGCCGUUACUAGCAGAAAUCUAGAAGUCGCCGACAGUUCGAGGAGGCAAGACAAAGUAAUUGUUCGUUUCGACAAGCAGAGCAAACUUCUUGAGAUCAUUGGCCGGAGCUUGAAAGUACGAACAUGCGAGAGCGGCCGCGCGCCCGCUGGAAGGCCCUGGCGCAAUCAAACGCCGCUUCUCUGCGAGGCCAGCGACAAUCGGCUACAUUAAGUGCUCGAAUCAGUGAUAACUUGUUUGAAUCGAACCUCCUAAUUACAGGAUUCAUUUUGGCGGCAACAUUUACGCUGACCAACCAACAACACCAAUAUUCAGAUUUUUACAAGAAGGAUCACGAACCGAAUUCUAUAAUAGCCCAAAGCCAAGUGAGAGACGCAUUAUGUUCGGACUGCUCACCAGAAUCGAGACGAUGUAUCGGCGAACGAGGUCUGACUGGAAUCCGCGGCCAGAAGGGCCUUCCCGGCCCUAUGGGACCACCGGGGCCUCCCGGUGAUGAAGGUCUGCAGGGCGAAAAGGGAGAACAAGGUUUACCAGGACUAGCUGGAAUGAAGGGGGGACGUGGUGAUCCUGGACGUAGAGGCGUUUCCGGCUUGCACGGAGAGCCAGGACAGCCUGGAAUGCCUGGUGAGCCCGGAAGACCUGGCUUACGCGGGAAGGACGGCUACAAUGGAACUCGUGGUGACGUCGGUAUGAUAGGAUUUCCGGGGCCAAAAGGCGCGGAUGGAAGACCGGGAAUAAUGGGUCCACCCGGCCAAAAAGGAGAACCUGCGUAUGGAGGUGUAGGUGCUAAGGGAGAAAAAGGCUCACCAGGUAUUCCCGGACCUCAAGGACCGCCAGGUAUCACUGGUCAAGACGGUUUUCCAGGUAGAAAGGGUGAUCCUGGACCUUCUGGAAACGAUGGUCGUCCCGGUCAGCCUGGGUUACCUGGGCCACCAGGUAUGUCCUUACCAGGCCAAAAAGGCGAAAGGGGGUUUAAAGGCGAACCAGGCCUACCGGGCGAAUCAGCCCAUUGUUUCAACCGGUCAAUUAUGGUUGACAACGAAGGUUCUGAACAAAUUAUCUUCACUCCUGGCCCAAAAGGAGAUAAAGGAGAUCGAGGCGAGCCUGGUGAAGGUAGUUCACCUGGAGCACCCGGAGCACCUGGUAUACCGGGACAACCCGGUCUGCCGGGUGAAAAAGGUGACCGAGGUCUGCCAGGCGAUCUAGGGCCAGCAGGAGUACCAGGUUACCCGGGCAGUCCAGGUUUACAAGGCCUCAAGGGCGACCCUGGUAUCCCAGGCCGGCCAGGACGACCAGGUGAACCUGGACAUAAAGGAGAAGUGGGACCUCCAGGACUUCCCGGAGAGAUGGGACUAACAGGACCUCCUGGAGCGCCCGCGACGGCGGAAGGAAACACGAUCGGUCCCCCAGGCUUCAAAGGGGAAAAAGGCAUGCCAGGCCCAAUGGGUCCUCCAGGUGAAGAGGGCAGACCCGGGGAUUUAGGAUUGGAUGGGUCUCCCGGGCCACCCGGUGCACCAGGGGAACCUGGCCAGCGUGGCAACGAUGGUCAUCCUGGUCCCCGCGGUGAAAAAGGCGAUUCUGGACUUCAAGGUUAUCCCGGCCAACCUGGAAGCCCUGGGCUGCCUGGUCCAGAAGGGCUACCUGGGGAAAAAGGAUUACCCGGACGAGACGGUUAUUCCAUCCCCGGAGAUCGGGGAUUGCCUGGCUCGCCUGGUAAAGACGGAGAACCUGGAGUGCCAGGACGACCUGGCUCCAAGGGGCUACCUGGCAUCCCCGGUGAUUCCCUCUAUGGCCAACCAGGUUUUCCGGGAGAACCGGGACCAGAAGGUCCCAAGGGAGUAGCAGGCAGGCCCGGCCAACCAGGUGUGCCAGGUAUUCCUGGAGUUAAAGGAGAUAAAGGAGGUGUCUGUAAUGCUUGCGAGCCCGGUAUACCCGGUCUGAAGGGCGCGCCUGGAUACCCAGGUGAGCCUGGACCAAAAGGCGACGCGGGACUUCCAGGAAGCCCUGGUCGAGCAGGUGACCGUGGCUUUGAUGGAUACCCUGGCGAUCGAGGAGCGCCAGGAGAGAUGGGGAUGCCAGGUUUGAUGGGGAUGCCUGGCCAAAAAGGCGAGCGAGGUUUAGACUACAUCUAUGACGGACCUAAUGAGAAAGGACCGCCAGGUCCACCUGGCCCUCCAGGAUACCCUGGUACCCCAGGUGACCCUGGACCGGAAGGUCCUCCGGGACCUCAAGGUGCUUCCGGACCUCCAGGGUACGAUGGUCUACAAGGCCAACCUGGUUUACCAGGCGACCCAGGUCCAACUGGACCUCGUGGCGAUAAAGGUGAUCCAGGUCUGCCAGGCUAUCCCGGUUAUGGCGAACGCGGUCCGCCAGGCCUGCUCGGAGAACCAGGUCCUCCAGGAAUCGAAGGUCCAAAAGGAGACAAAGGAGAGAAGGGUGAUCCAGCACCCGAGGCCAUAAAAUUUAAGGAAAGGGGUCUACCUGGACCCCCUGGUGAUAGGGGUCCUGUAGGUAUGGAAGGUCCUCCAGGACCACGUGGUCUACCAGGACUAAAUGGAAUAGACGGACAACCAGGUCAAGAUGGCCCGCCAGGUGAGCCUGGCUUCCCUGGGGCACCGGGUCCUCGUGGUCCUCCUGGCCUACCGGGCUCACCCGGACCGAUGGGGGUUGAAGGACUGCCUGGGAUGCAAGGCCCAAUCGGGAUCAAAGGUGAACGUGGUCGCCCUGGUUUACCCGGCGAGUUGGGACCCCCUGGAGACCGUGGAACAGGCCUACCUGGACUAAAAGGCCUACCUGGACCUCCUGGUCCUCCCGGUGAAGCAGGAUUGCCUGGCCCAGUCGGGCGUGAGGGGUAUCCAGGGCCGUCUGGACUACCCGGCGAGCCCGGCCCCAAAGGAGAACAAGGACUGCCUGGUCGAGAUGGACUUCCUGGGCUAAAAGGAGAUCAAGCACAGGAAGGCCAACCUGGCCCUAAAGGAGAUCGCGGUUUGCCAGGUAUUCCUGGUCCACCCGGCAAUCCGGGCAACGAUGGACUACCGGGUCACCCAGGAGCUUCAGGUCUGAAGGGUGAUCAAGGCCCACAGGGUCCCCCAGGUAACCCAGGAACAACAGGCAAGCCCGGUUCAGAUGGAGCUGAUGGACUCCGCGGUGAGCCAGGGCUACCUGGACCACGCGGGCCGAAAGGAGACCCUGGCAACCCAGGAAACCCUGGGUUGCCUGGAGUACAGGGCCCACCCGGUGUUGAGGGACAACCUGGUAAACCCGGCCUACCUGGUAUGCCUGGCAAAGACGGCCCACCAGGUUUUGCUGGCUUUGUAGGUCAUCCAGGCCAGAAAGGAGACAGAGGUCUUCCUGGACGUGAUGGACUGAAAGGUGAAUCUGGAAGAGCAGCCCAAAAAGGGGAACGCGGUAGACCCGGAAUUCCCGGAACACCUGGAGCAGAAGGUCCAUCCGGCUCUCCAGGUCCCCAAGGGCCGCCUGGCGAGAAAGGCGAAAAAGGUCUUCCGGGAGAAGGUCGUCCUGGCGAACCAGGACCAGAAGGACUCCCAGGAAUGCCUGGUCUUCCAGGUAUUGAUGGUCCACCAGGACCCCCAGGGCCUGACGGACCCCCCGGAUUACCUGGAAUGCCUGGGAAUAAAGGAGAUGCUGGAGCCGCAGGUGAUCCUGGACCGCCUGGUGCUCCUGGAGCGCCUGGAGCUACCGGAUUGCCCGGUCCGCCUGGAUAUCGAGGAAUAAAGGGUAACCCAGGACUCGACGGUCCACCGGGAAUGCCUGGGCAAGAAGGAAUUGUAGGAGCUCCUGGGGAACCAGGAUACCCAGGUUACAUUGGAGAGCCGGGCAACCCAGGAGAACCGGGCCGGCCUGGACCACCUGGUAAUCCAGGUUUCCCAGGUCCUCCCGGACCUCAAGGUCCUAAAGGCAACAUCGGUCCUGUGGGAACUCCAGGUUUAGCUGGACUAAAAGGAGACCCUGGUUUAGAUGGCCUUCCUGGCAAUCCCGGUCCCCCCGGCCAUGAGGGGCCACCUGGACUACCUGGUGACCCAGGCCUAGACGGCCCACCGGGUCCAAUUGGCUCUCCUGGAGAGCCCGGACAGCCUGGCUGGGCAAUACAGGGCGUAAAAGGAGACAGAGGAGAACCAGGCCCUGUAGGGGAACGAGGAUUACCAGGGUACCCUGGUGCUAAGGGCGAACCUGGUCGGGACGGACGAGAUGGUCCUGUAGGAGAGCCCGGACUACCUGGUCAAGGUAACAUUCCGGGGCCUCCUGGAAGAGAUGGUACGCCUGGACCUGUAGGAGAACCUGGUUCUCCUGGCCAUCCGGGUCCUCCCGGUAUUGACGGCUUAAUGGGCGAGCCUGGCCAGCCUGGCUACCCCGGCGAGCCAGGACCGGUUGGACCCAUCGGUGAACCUGGUCCCCCAGGAUGGCAAGGAGACCCAGGCAUUCCUGGUCUUCCUGGCUUUAAGGGCGAUCAAGGACCGCCUGGACAGCCCGGUUUUCCAGGUAGAAGCGGUGAAAAAGGAGACAAGGGUGAACGAGGUUAUCCAGGGCUUCCAGGACCGGCUGGAUUCCAAGGACCAAUGGGGCCAAAGGGUCAGUCAGCAAUCGCAAUCCCUGGUGAGGCUGUUCCUGGUCCAAUGGGAGAACCCGGAGAACGCGGCCACCCUGGAAUUCCAGGGGAUCCCGGAAUCCCAGGAGAACCCGGCUUGAAAGGGGAAAAGGGUGAACCAGCUCUUAUUGGAAUGCCUGGUCCUGCAGGCCCACCAGGAAGGGAUGGCCUACAAGGACCACCUGGACCUCGUGGUCUUACCGGACGCGACGGCCCUAUGGGUAGGGAGGGCCCUGCAGGCCCACCAGGGGCGGCUACGUGGGAUUUGGUUGAGGAGCAAGUUGGAUCGUUGGUUGUUAUCCACUCCCAGAGCAUGGAGAUACCAGUGUGCCCACUCCGCCUUAAAGAAAUUUGGAACGGAUAUUCAUUGCUUUAUUUGGACGGAAAUGGGCGGGCAGCUAAUCAAGACCUUGGCAAUCCAGGAUCAUGUAUGCAGCGUUUUAGUACAAUGCCUUUCGUGUUCUGUGAAAACACAGAUACUUGUAACUAUGCUGCACGUAACGAUCGCUCGUAUUGGUUGAGCACAAUGCGUCCAUUCUCUACGCGACCCGUUUUUGGCCGAGAAAUUUCCGAGCACAUCUCGCGAUGCGCUGUUUGUGAAGUACCCAAUUAUACGCUCGCGGUGCACAGCCAAUCACGUGAGAUCCCUCAAUGCCCGGCAGGCUACACUAAUCUAUGGCAUGGUUAUUCGUGGGCAAUGCACACAGGUGCUGGAGCGCAGGGCGGUGGGCAACCACUUGCCUCGCCCGGUUCCUGCCUACAGCAUUUCAGUCCCGUGCCGUUCGUCGAGUGCAAUGGUGCCCGGGGAUCAUGCUCGCAUUUCAGCAAUAAGCUAGGCUUCUGGAUGGCACAAAUCGAUCCUCAACGAAUGUUUAACAUGCCCACCACAAGCGUAAACGAAGAGAAGCACACACCUCUUCAGAAUCUCGUAUCUAGGUGUUCUGUGUGCAUGAAGAAUAUUUAAUUUCAGAUAUUCUUCGAGUAUUUUUCAUAGCAAAACGCGUCCAUAUGUACAUCACUACGGCUAUGUAUCUAUGAGACAAUGCGGAAGUGCCAAAUUAAUUAGGGAUAUAAGGACAAAGCUCAACGAAAACGAAAGUUAGAAUGGAAUACACAGAAGGUAUUGAAAUGCUAGAAAAACGUGAGAAAGAGGAGAAUAUAAAUUAACUUGAUGCCGACAAAGUUAAUCCUGGGAUUUGCUCAGAUUUGUUUAUCAAUAUAUGCAAUUCAGUUUAGGUGAUUUUUUACAGUUUUUUAUCUUGUUUGUUUUAUGUUGCCGUA